UGGUCGUGGUCCACAUAUCCAUUGAUUCAACGGACUGUCGCAUGAUUUUUUGUCCUGACAUUCAUUAAGACAGGAAACAAGUUACACAGUGGUUCAUUAUUUUGCCUUUAUGGUGUGAAUUGAAGUUGAGGAAAUCACAGGAUUAUUCCAGCUUCGAAAAUGGAUUACUUGUAUAGCUGUGUCUUCGGCCUGGCAUGUUUCUUCGUGUGUUUGGAGAUAGUCUGUCUUUACCUAUUCCAUUUCAUGGCAAUUAUCUACAUAAAGCUCACUUUGCACAAACGUCCAGUCUACGGUCUUAAUGGGACCUUACCCGGCGUAUCAAUUCUCAAACCACUUGUCGGCAUCGAAGAAAACUUAGAAGGAAACUUGGAAACCUUCUUCACAUUGGAUUAUCCAAAAUUCGAGCUUUUAUUUGGUGUGCACACGCCAAAGGACCCGGCGCGAAAAGUGGUAGAAUCGCUCAUGAAAAGGUAUCCACACGUUGAUGCCAAACUUUUCGUUGGCGGCAUGAGUGACUGGGGAAAAAUACGGAAUCCUAAAGUGAACAACAUGAUGCCGGGAUACAUGGUAUCGCGUUACGACCUCAUUCUGAUCAGUGACAGCGGCAUAAAAAUGCACUACCCAAACACGUUGACGCAGAUGGUUCAUGAGAUGAAACCUGAUGUCGGCUUUGUUCAUGGCCUUCCCUUUUGCUGUAAUAGAGAAGGUUUUGGUGGCACGCUGGACAAGGCAUAUUUUGGUGGUUCACAUGCUCGCUUGUAUCUAAGCAUGAACAUGCUUGGGAUCACUUGUGUCACGGGUAUGUUCAACCUUGUCAGGCGUAGCGUCAUUAGUGCGGCUGGCGGCUUCGAAGAAUUGGCAAAGUACAUUUCAGAGGAUUGCUACAUGGGACGCGCUACAGUCAAAAGCGGUUUUAAGAUCAAACUCAGCACCUUGCCAGCCAUGCAGAAUCCAGGCGAUUGGGAUACAAGAGCUUUUGACAAAAGGAUGGUCAGAUGGACAACUGUGCGACGCUCUACUAUUCCAUCUACCAUUAUACUAGAGCCGAUUUCUGAGAUGUUAGUGUGCGGCUUAUGCUGUGCCUGGGCCGUCCAUUAUUUGUUCGAUUGGAACCCUUUGCUAUUUAUUGUGCUGCAUAUUCUUCAGUGGUUCCUGUUGGAUUGUAUACAACUCUAUAUGUUACAGACGGAACCAUUCAGUGUCUCGAAGUUGGAGUUUGUACUCGCUUGGAUCUACCGGGAAUUCACCACACCGUACUUUUUCCUCAAAGGUUGCCUUGAGGACAAGGUUACUUGGAGGACUGGAAAGUUCCAAGUUACUUGGGGUGGUUUCAUCGAGAAAGUUUAUAGAUAGAACCAGAAAAUUAGGUGCGUUUCCGGAACCUUCCCAUGGGCUUGUGAAAGUGUUGGUACUUUUGUUAAUUUCAAAUUCACACCAAUUGAGCUGACCUUAGAAAAUGAUUUGACCAUAUCAAUUGAUGACAUCAUUAAUUAAAGAACAAAAUCUUUCAUUUCAUGUUUGGUAUAAGAAUCGUCGGCGAAGCUAGGGUCGGCAUCAGAGCAGUCACAAAUAUUUUUUUCUUUGAACUUUAUUGUGGGAAAAUUAUGAGAUUAAUUUUCAAGUGGAUGUUAUAUUUGGUCUUUUAUAAUUAACAAAUCAUUCUGCCAAACAACAGGUGGUUGAAUGGCAUUCCAACUCGAAGAGCCCACAGCAGACAGGUCAUGCGAAGGUUCAGGAAAUUCGGAAAGUAGCGUUUUACGAGUACUUUCUGGCUCGUUUAGACAAGGGUGAAACUAUAGACGCAAUUUGGAGGUAUAAUUCUAAUUGGUUUAUUA